GGCGGCCACAAACUACCUAAUUUCGGAGAGGAAACUAGUGAUCGGGAGGAUGCAGAUCUUCGUGAAAACCCUAACUGGGAAGACCAUAACCCUCGAGGUCGAAUCCAGCGACACCAUCGACAAUGUCAAGGCCAAGAUCCAGGACAAGGAAGGUAUUCCACCGGAUCAGCAGAGAUUGAUCUUCGCCGGGAAGCAGCUUGAAGAUGGCCGCACUCUUGCCGACUACAAUAUCCAGAAAGAAUCAACUCUUCAUCUGGUUCUGAGGCUUCGUGGUGGUAUUAUUGAGCCUUCUCUGAUGGCAUUGGCAAGGAAAUACAACCAGGACAAAAUGAUUUGCCGAAAGUGUUAUGCACGCUUGCAUCCUCGUGCUGUGAACUGCAGGAAGAAGAAGUGUGGACACAGCAACCAGCUGAGGCCAAAGAAGAAGAUCAAGUAGAGUGUAUACUACAAGGCAGGAACAUCAUGUGUAGUGUUAGGAUCCUUUAUGUUUUGCCUGGAUAUAAUAUUGCAUCAAAGACUAGCAACUACAAGACGAUUAUAGUAUGCUGAAGUUAUUAGCUCAUCUAUGUUUUGAACUUUGUAGUGUAAUUUCAUUUUACUUGCUUUGACACGUUAUCAUUUUUGACAUGUUGGUUUGAUUCCCUUCUCAUUAUAGUCUGCAACUUUUGUGUUUUUUGGUACCCCAACUUCCCUUCUGAUACACUUGUGCUUCUGGGGCAGUUUCAGAUUUUAUUGGUCGCUAAAUGAUAUUAUUAUUAAUGUUUUUUCACUCUUGUGCAUUUAAGUAAAAGUGAAACACAUUUUAAAUAAAUAUGAGACAUCGUAAGGUUCUGUUGAUACAGAUGAAUGAGCCCUGGGAUGGAAGACCUUUUAACAUUGUUUUCAACCCGCUUGGAGACCCCUUGAAACGAUUGAAUCUAUGUCUUGCCUUGGUCCUGUGAUAAGUCUAAUACUGUAUCUUCCGUUUGAGAGUAGAUUACUCCAUGACAGUGUUUCCUCAGGUCAUACUCCCCCUGAACGGUUUGAACUUACAUUCUCCCAUUGAGAAAAGUAAUGUUUGCAUGGUAUACGUUUAAAACUUUAUUUGGUCUGGAAAAUGUUUUGGAUCAUUCUCUGGGGGGAUUCAUGGGCUGCAUCCUCUAACUGGAGCAGCUCAGUUGAGCUUAGGCGCCAUCCUAGAGCGCCCAGAUUUUCCUCGACUUGCUUCACAGUUUUAAUUCCUGGUAUUGGAAUAGU